AUGGAGGGCGCACCUCCAGGCGCAAACUUCUCAGUUGGUCAGCGGGUUUUCGUCAGCAACCGUGCCGGGACCGUCCGCUUCUGUGGCCAGACAGAGUUUGCUGGCGGAGUUUGGGUGGGAAUCCAGUUGGAUGAUCCAGUUGGAAGGAAUGAUGGGACGGUCAAAGAUGUGGUGUACUUCACGUGUCCACCGAAUCAUGGAAUUUUCGUCCGCCCGGCACAAGUCACCCUCACUCCGAUGGCAACUGGCAGAGUAUCCACUUCAUCACCUGGGAGUCCGAGUGCCAAAGCCGCCAGUCCCACAUCGUCACCGACUCGCCAAUCCAGAACGGCUCCCGCUGAAGCGAAGCCGAAGCCCGAGGUGACGGAGGCGAAAUCUGAGUCGCCCGAGUCCGAGAAGCCCGAGAAGCCCGAAGCUGAAGCGACGGCAACAGCAGCGCCGCCUGCGCCUGAGACCACAACGGCCGUUAAGCCGGAGGAGCCACCGCCGGCUGGGCCCGUGCCAACCACACCCGCGCCAGCCGCGCCCGUGAAAGCACCAGAGACUACAACUCCGCAGGUCUCGCAGGCUGAGCCGGUUGUGAGCAAAGCGAGUGAGGCCAGUGCUGAGGUAUCCAAACCGGCAGCUCAGCCACCAACAGAGGCUGCUGCGCCUUCUGCUGCACCCGCCGCUGCGCCUGCUGCUGCUGCUGCUGCUGCUCCACAGCCUGCGCAGCCUGCUGCUCCCGCUGCCGCAGCACCACCUCCUGCUGCGCCCUCCGCUGCUGCGCGCCCUGCUGUUCCUGCCGCCCAGCCGAACCAGACCACGGUCGACCUGACGAAGGCCCAGCAAGCAAUGACGGAGUCUUUCAAUCCUCCAGCAAGAUCUGCGACGACGGAGAAAGCGCUUGCUGCAGCAGAGGCUGCCAAAGAAGCAGAGGCACGUGCGAUAAAGUUGACGGCACAGCUUGCAGAGGAAGCUGCAGACUUACAGGCCAAGCUAUCGAAAGUUACAGCUGACUUGGAGGAAGUCCAAAGCAAAAGUCAAGGUGCGAGGGAGCAAGCUGAGCAAGCUGAAGCGGAACUGGAGAGGGCCAAAGCUGCGGCAGCAGCAGCCACUGCAGCAGCUGCUGCCGCACAGGAGAGAAAGGCCGCAGAGAUCCGUCUUCAGGCGGAGGAAGCUGCCAAGAACCAAGGGACGCUUGAAAAGGAGCGAGCGGCCUUUGAGGCAGAAUCACUCUCGGCCUUGCCACAGGACGAUGGUGCAGAUAUCCCCGAUCCCCAACAACUGACCGAGGCGUCUGGCUCUGGAAGCUUGCGGGCGGUCGUCGAGCGCUUGCAAGAGCAGCUUGCGAAGGAGUUGAAGGAGAAGGAACUCCUGGACAUUGAGGCAGAGGAGCUAGCGUUGAGGUUGGAGGAAGUGAAAGACACGACGGAGUGGGCCGCGGACAACGAUGCCUGGACUGAGCAGGUUCAAGUGGAGUGGCACCGCGAGGCUCUCUGGGAGUACUACAAGGCUCACCGUGCCGAAGUGGUCCGACUGAGGCACCGGGCCGCAGCCCUUGAACGUGCCCAGCAACAAGCUCUGCAACUACAGUCAAAGUCCACGGGGACAGAGGAUGCUUCCAUGCUGAAGCGAGCUGUUGAGCAGCUGACACAGCAGAAUGACGGCUUGGCGUCUGCCUUGGCCACGAAAACCAAGCUGGUCGAGGAGCAAAGAUCCUUGCAGACAACGGGUCUCGAGAUGCUUGAGACAGAGCAAGACCUCGAAGUCCAACUUUGCGAAGAGCUGCAGAACUUGCAGGGCCGCGAGGAGCAGUUGGAACAGCUAGCUUUGCAGCUCUGCAAGAUUCGAAGGCAGAUGCAAAGCCAGCGGCUCGCGAGAAGCGCGGAGGUGGCCAGGCUGGAGACCCGGCUCCAGAUGCUGCGCUCCAGUGGAAAGGCGGCGGGGGCGGGCGCAGCCUCGGCCUCGCCAGCAGCGAUUGAGGCAGAGACGCUGGAGGUGCAUGUGAACUGUCGCGAAGCUAUCGCUGAUGCAGAAGCGUGGAUGUCUUGCUUGCCUGGCCAAGUUCGAGACGAUGCAGAGCUUGGGGUCAGCUUCCAUUCACUUUGCGCGCUCCAUCGCUGUUUCCGCAAGGCGUGCAUACUGAGUCGUAGCAUCCAUGAGCACUUUAUCGCGGAUGCAGCGCUGGCAGUGCUCCAGGAUGCUGCAUCGAUGAAUUGGCUUUGUUCCAUCAGCUUGGCUUCGACGCAACUGGCUUAUGCUGCCUUGGGAGUCCUCGGCUGCUUGUACACCACUGACGUGGAGAGGUACUGCCUGCUGGUGCGCAACGCUGCCUUCGUCAGCUGUGCUGGGGAGGCCUCCCUUGAUGCGGCCCUGGCUGCCUUGCAGCGGAUCUUCCGUCUGGACAAAGCAGCCGAAACCGAGGAGGUGCUCGCGGCCUUGAGGGCCCAUGGGGCGCAGCUGUUGUCACUGCAAAAGGCACUCUUCAAGGAUCUACAGUUUGCUUCCUGGCAACGCGCUGGCUGUGCCGUGGAAGCCUUGCGAAUGGCUUGUGCUUCAGCCCUCUAUGCCUCUGCAGAUGCCGGCGGAUCGCAGCGGAAGCGGUGGCAAGAGCUCUACGACCAGUCCAACCGCUUGUUCAAUCGAUUGCAAGCCGCGUGUCCGGACGGUGCAGAACUUCUCGAGAUUGGCCCUUCUGAAGAGCGACAUCCGAAACGCCGCGACAGCGAGGACACGGACGAGGAAGAUGAAGACGAAGACGAGGAGCUGGAGGAAGACGGUGAACAUCGCCAUCAAACAACUGCUCAACACGCCAGUCUGACGCAGUUGCUAUUGGACGGUCUCCUAAGACAAGCGCUUGCAUUGCAUCCUCUUUCAAAGCACGAGCCUGUGUCGGACAUGGACACAAUGCAGAGAACUUUCAGCCACGCUGAGACGCAGCUGGAGUUGCUCUCUGAGAUUUUCGCAGCUGCGCCUGUUGCCGGCGCUCAGAAGAAGGAACGGCCAUGGGAAAAGGCUCGGUCGAGGAAGCGGAGCAGCCUGGAAGUGGCCGAGCAGGCCGCACAGCCUGCUCUCGAGCAGGCGACGAAAGGCCUCUCGAAGGUGCAGGUUUCGCUUGAGACGGUCGGGGACCGCUUGGCCAAAGCGAAACAGGAAAUGCAGCAAGCAGAGAAGCAGUUUGGCGCAGCACGUAUCCAAUCUGAAAGGCGAGCUCUCAUGCUCGCGAGUGUUGCACAGAUGCAAAAGCAAGCCAAGGCUGGAACACAGGCUUGCGAACUCCUCGAGGAGGAACUGCACAGGCAAACAGAAGAGUGCAAUCAGAUGGAGGAUACCAUGACCGAGGCCAAAGCAAGAUGUCGAGAGCUUCAUCAUCGCCUGAACGAGCUGGAAAGACGGAUCAUGCGGCGCUACUGCAACGAUGUUUCGCCCGAGGAUGUCUUGGCAUUGCGACGAGCCGUCGCUCGCCAAUCUGCCGAGAUCAGGGAGCUGCAAGCAAGGCAGCAUCGGUGGCGGGACAUCGGGUUGCUGGAGAAUGGUGGUGCUGCCGGACACUCGGAAGAAGACGUUGGCAACCUCUGGCUGGAGUUACAAACCUUUAGAGAGGGCUUGUUGCAGGAGCAUUCUCGGCCCAAGAUUGCAACUCUGGACGAGCCGGAGCCAGAAGCCGCACCAGAAUCGCAGAAGGCGCGCUUGCAGGAUCUGGGGAAAGAGAUGAAGGCUCUGCGCGAGCGGAUCACGGACUGUGCCAAGCAGUCCUCGCCUGUGUACGACUCUGUUGCCCUCACACGCUUCCUGCGUGCGACAUCGGCAAAGGGCCCAGCAAGCAUAGUCUCAAUCCCCAGUGCGGCCAAUUUCGCGCUCCCUGUGUUAAUGGACGAAGCUAGCCUGGCCUCUCUCCACGUGGCCAUGCUACCUUGCAAGCCAGCUCCGUAG